GUAUGAGUACGCAUGUGCAGAGGAGGGAGCCGGAGCUGCAGCACCAGCCCCAGCCUCAGGAGGACAAAGACGCCGAAAUGCCGGUGACCGAGAAGGACCUGGCCGAGGACGCGCCAUGGAAAAAGAUACAGCAGAACACGUUCACCCGUUGGUGCAACGAGCACCUGAAGUGCGUGAACAAGCGCAUCCACAACCUACAGAGCGACUUGGCGGACGGGCUGCGGCUCAUCGCCCUGCUCGAGGUCCUGAGCCAAAAGAAAAUGUAUCGCAAGUAUCACCAGCGACCCACCUUCAGGCAAAUGCAGCUGGAGAACGUGUCCGUUGCACUCGAGUUCCUCGAAAAGGAGAACAUCAAGCUGGUAUCUAUCGAUAGCAAAGCAAUUGUGGAUGGGAAUCUGAAACUCAUUCUCGGACUGAUAUGGACUUUGAUUCUUCAUUACUCCAUUUCUAUGCCAGUUUGGGAUGAUGAAGGAGCGGAUGAUGUAAAGAAUCAGACACCCAAACAAAGACUACUGGGAUGGAUUCAGAACAAGCUACCUGAUUUGCCAAUCACCAACUUCAGCAAAGACUGGAAAGAUGGAAAAGCCCUGGGUGCCCUUGUUGAUAGCUGUGCCCCGGGCUUGUGCCCUGACUGGGAAAUUUGGGACACUAGUAAACCAGUGGAAAAUGCACGAGAAGCUAUGCAACAGGCAGAUGACUGGCUUGGAGUACCACAGGUCAUUGCUCCAGAAGAAAUCAUAGACCAAGAUGUGGAUGAGCAGUCUGUAAUGACCUAUCUGUCACAGUUCCCCAAGGCUAAACUGAAGCCUGGAGCCCCCUUAAAACCCAAACUGAAUCCCAAGAAAGCAAGGGCAUAUGGUCCAGGAAUCGAAGCUGUGGGUAACGUCGUGAUGCGUCCCGCAGUGUUCACUGUUGAAACCAUCAGUGCUGGCCAGGGUGAAGUGAUGGUCUUUGUGGAUGACCCAGAAGGUCAACGAGAAGAGGCAAAGGUGACCAACAACAAUGACAAGAACAAGACCUACUCUGUAGUUUAUGUGCCAAAGGUUGCAGGCCCUCAUAAGAUUACAGUUCUAUUUGCUGGGCAGCACAUAUCUAAAAGUCCUUUUGAAGUCAACAUUGAUAAGGCCCAUGGUGAUGCCAGUAAGGUAACAGCACGAGGACCUGGCUUGGAAUCUUCAGGAAAUUUUGCCAAUAAGCCCACUUACUUUGACAUUUACACAGCAGGUGCUGGAGUUGGCAAUGUUGAGGUGGUAAUUGUGGAUCCCCAAGGUCAUAACAUCGACGUGACAAUGGAAGAUAAGGGGAAUAGUACCUACCGGUGCAGCUACAGGCCCUCACACCCAGGGCAUCAUACAAUCCGAAUAGUAUUUGCUGAUUCACCUAUACCCAAGAGUCCAUAUUCUGUCAAUAUAGGUGAAGCUUGUAACCCUGGUGCCUGUCGUGCUACUGGGCGAGGACUGCAACCGAAAGGACUGCGAAUUCGCCAAGUUGCUGACUUCAAAGUCUUUACGAAAGGGGCUGGGAGUGGUGACCUGAAAGUAGCGGUGAAAGGCCCAAAAGGCGUGGAGCAUCCUGUGAAGCAAAAGAACGUUCUGGAUGGAGACGAUGUCUUCUCUUAUGAAUACUAUCCUGUUACACCUGGAAAACACAUCGUUACUAUCACUUGGGGUGGCCAUAACAUUCCUAGGAGUCCAUUUGAAAUUGAUAUUGGUCCUGAAGCGGGUCCUCAGAAGAUCAGAGCCUGGGGGCCAGGUCUUGAUGGAGGAAUUGUUGGCAAGUCGGCAGAUUUUGUAGUGGAGACCAUUGGAACAGAAGUUGGUGUGUUGGGUUUUGCUGUCGAAGGACCUUCUCAGGCCAAGAUUGAAUGCGACGAUAAGAGUGAUGGCUCUUGUGAUGUCCGUUACUGGCCUACAGAACCUGGUGAAUAUGCUGUCCAUGUUAUGUGUGACGAUGAGGACAUUGUGGAUAGUCCUUUCAUGGCCAAUAUCCAGCCUACGUCAAAAGCCUUUAAUCCUGAUAAGGUUAAAGCUUAUGGUCCAGGGUUGGAGAAAUCUGGCUGCAUUGUUCAUAAACCAGCAGAAUUCACAGUAGAUGCCAAAGAUGCUGGGAAGGCUCCACUGAAAAUAUAUGCACAAGAUUCAGAGGGUAUUCCUGUCAACGUUCAAAUAAAGAAUAAAAGUGAUGGAACAUCAGUCUGCUCUUACACUCCGACCAAACCAAUCAAACACACGAUUGCAAUCGCUUGGGGAGGAGUCAACAUUCCAAACAGCCCAUUUAGAGUUAACAUUGGCCAAGGGAGCCAUCCGCAAAAGGUGAAAGUGUUUGGUCCUGGUGUUGAAAGAACUGGCUUGAAAGCUAAUGAGCCAACUCAUUUUACUGUAGAUUGUUCUGAAGCUGGGGAAGGUGAUGUCAGUGUCGGUAUAAAGUGUGACGCUCGUGUAGUCAGUGACUCUGAGGAGGAUAUUGAAUUUGAUAUAAUUACAAACCCGAAUGAUACCUUCACAGUGAAGUAUACACCACCAGCAGCUGGACGUUACACUAUUAAAGUUCUGUUUGCUGGCCAGGAAAUUCCCAUUGGCUCUUUUAGAGUAAGAGUGGACCCAUCUCACGAUGCCAGCAAAGUUAAGGCUGAAGGCCCAGGAUUAAGUAAAACUGGAGUGGAACUUGGAAAGCCAACUCAUUUCACGGUGUUUACAAAGGGUGCUGGGAAGGCUCCACUAAACGCCCAUUUCACCGGACCUUCGAAAGGAGAUGCUGUUAGUGACUUCGAAAUAAUUGACAAUUAUGACUAUUCUCAGACAGUCAAGUACACACCUCUACAGCAGGGUAACAUGAACAUUGCUGUGACCUAUGGUGGUGAUUCAAUUCCCAAGAGUCCCUUCAACAUCGAAGUAGCAUAUCCACUUGACAUGAGCAAAGUGUUGGUCAAUGGCCUUGAAAAUAGAGUGGAAGUUGGCAAAGAUCAGCAGUUCCUCAUUAAUACAAAAGGAGCUGGCGGGCAAGGUAAAGUGGAUGUGAAGAUCUCCAGCCCAUCUCGGAAAUCUGUGACUUGCGUUGUGGAGCCCGCUGCCAGUAAGGAUGCAUGUGUUGCUAAGUAUAUCCCCAGGGAAGAGGGGCCGCAUACAGUAGAUGUGAUGUAUGAUGGAAAUCCGAUUCUGGGUAGUCCGUUCACUGUGGAAGCUGCACUGCCCCCUGAUCCUUCCAAGGUGAAGGCAUUUGGGCCAGGCCUCAAAGGCGGCCUUGUGGGCAAAUCUGCUGAUUUCACCAUUGACACCAAAGGAGCUGGUACUGGUGGUUUGGGUCUCACUGUGGAAGGCCCAUGUGAAGCCAAGAUUGAGUGCUCAGAUAACGGCGAUGGAACCUGCUCAGUCUCUUACUUACCAAGUGAAGCUGGAGAGUAUCUUGUCAAUAUUUUGUUUGAAGAAGUUCACAUUCCAGGCUCGCCAUUCAAGGUAGACGUGACGUUGCCUUUUGAUCCCACCAAAGUUACAGCCUCUGGUCCUGGCUUGGAACAUGGCAAAGUUGGGGAAGCGGGGCUAUUCAACGUCGACUGUUCGAAGGCCGGUCCAGGAGAGCUGACCGUGGAGCUGGUGUCAGAUACAGGGCUUAAAGCUGAAAGCCAUAUUCAGGACAACGGUGAUGGCACUCAUACAGUCAGCUACAUACCCCUUCAGCAUGGUCUACAUACAAUAACACUGAAAUAUGGUGGAAAGUCUGUGCCCAACUUUCCUUCACGGCUACAUGUAGACCCAGCUGUAGACACGAGUGGUGUGAAGGUUUAUGGACCUGGAGUUGAGGAACGAGGAGUGUUUUGUGACGCCACAACAGACUUUACGGUGGAUGCUAGUUCAUUGACUAAGGUUGGAGGAAAUCAUAUCAAAACAAACAUUACAAAUCCUUCAGGAGCCCGAACAGAUUGUCUAAUUAAGGAUAAUGGCAAUGGGACAUACGCAGUGGAAUAUACUCCAUAUGAAAAGGGGAUGCAUACUAUUGAUGUAACCUAUGAUGAUGCACCAGUUGCUAAUAGCCCAUUCGCAGUAGGAGUCACAGAAGGAUGUGAUGCUUCACGUGUAUCUGCAACAGGACCUGGACUUCAGGAAGGCUUGACCAAUAAGGUCAAUAAAUUCUCUGUAGUAACAAGAGGGGCAGGUAUCGGUGGUCUUGGAAUUACUGUUGAAGGACCUUCAGAAGCAAAGAUGUCUUGUAAGGAUAACAAGGAUGGCAGCUGCAGUGUUGAAUACAUCCCCUACACUCCUGGAGACUAUGAUUUAAAUAUUACCUAUGGAGGACAUCACAUUCCUGGCAGUCCAUUCAAGGUACCAGUGAAGGAUGAAGUGAACCCCAGCAAGGUACAAUGCAAUGGACCUGGUCUAAGUUCAGGUGUACGAGCCAAAGUUCCCCAACAGUUCACUGUGGACUGUAGCAAGGCUGGAAAGGCUCCUCUUCAAGUAGCUGUGUUAGGACCUAAAGGCAUAAGCGAGCCCAUUGAGGUAAUUGACAAUGGUGACGGAACUCACACCGUCAGCUACACCCCCUCAGUUGAAGGAGUAUAUUCUGUUUCUGUCCAAUAUGGUGGCGAGAACAUUCCUCGCAGUCCUUUUAGGGUUAAGGUUCUGCCAACUCAUGAUGCCAGCAAAGUGAAAGCCAGCGGGCCAGGCCUGAAUUCUUCUGGUGUUCAAGCCAGUCUACCUGUGGAGUUUACUAUUGACGCCAAAGAUGCUGGAGAAGGGCUCCUUUCUGUGCAUGUGACAGAUCAUGAAGGAAAGCCAAAGAAAGCCAAUAUUUAUAACAAUAAUGAUGGCACCUACAGGGUUUCCUAUAUACCGGAUAAAACAGGGCGUUACACCAUUGUCAUUAAAUAUGGUGGUGAUGAAAUUCCAGCAUCCCCUUAUCGGAUCCGUGCUGCCGCUGUUGGUGAUGCCAGCAAGUGUACAAUGUCCGGUUCUGGCCUUGGACCAACCGUUCAGUUGGGAGAAGAACUGGGAGUGAAGGUCGAUGCGAAAGCUGCAGGAAAAGGCAAAGUCACCUGCACAAUCUGUGCCCCUGAUGGUACUGAAGUGGAAGCCGAUGUUAUUGAAAAUGAUGAUGGAACCUACAAUAUCUACUACACUGCACCUGAAGCUGGAACGUACAUUGUUUAUGUGCGCUUUGGAGGAGUAGAUGUUGCCAACAGCCCAUUCCAUGUUGUGGCCACAGAUGAAGCUCCAAUAGUGCCACAGCAGCUGGUACAACAGCAGCAGCAAUCUCUAAAUGCUUAUCCCCCUGGCUUCCAACCCUGGGUGCACGAUGGCGCUUAUGUGGGAGCUGAUGAAAUAGAUCGAUUGGGCUUGAGACCUUUUGAUAUUGUUAUUCCCUUUGCUCUUAGGACUGGAGAGAUUACAGGUGAAGUUCACAUGCCUUCAAACAAAACUGCCAAACCAGAAAUAAUUGAUAAUCAUGAUGGUACAGUAACAGUCAAGUACGCUCCAACUGAAGCUGGACUGCAUGAAAUGCACAUAAAGUAUAAUGGAAAUCAUAUUCCAGAGAGCCCACUUCAGUUCUAUGUUAACUAUGGAGGCAGUGGACAGGUGUCUGCCUAUGGCCCGGGACUAGUCUAUGGCGUUGCCAACAAGCUGGCCACUUUCACAAUUAUAACGGAAGAUGCUGGAGAGGGUGGUCUGGACUUGGCUAUCGAAGGACCUUCCAAGGCAGAAAUCAGCUGCGUAGAUAAUAAGGAUGGGACAUGUACAGUGUCCUACUUUCCAACCCUGCCGGGUGACUACAGUAUCCUUGUCAGAUAUAAUGAGAAGCACAUCCCUGGAAGUCCUUUCACUGCCAAAAUCACAGAGGACAGCAGGCAAAAGUCACAAGUCAAGGUUGGCUCGGCUGCUGACAUCUCCUUGGAUAUCAAUGAAAGUGAUCUCAGCCUGCUGGUCGUCAGUAUAAAAUCUCCAUGUGGCCAAGAUGAGCCAUGCCUGCUAAAGCGAUUACCUAACAACCAUAUCGGUAUCUCCUUCAUCCCACGAGAAGUUGGUAAACACCUUGUAAGCAUCAUGAAAAAUGGGAGGCAUGUGGAAAAUAGUCCAAUUGCCAUUAUGGUAGGUCAGUCUGAAAUUGGAGAUGCCAGUAGAGUCCGGGUCUCUGGAGAAGGAUUGAAGGCAGGACGUACGUUUGAAAUGUCUGACUUCAUUGUGGACACUAGAGAUGCAGGUUAUGGUGGGCUUGCAUUAUCAGUUGAAGGCCCAAGUAAGGUGGAUAUUAACACAGAGGAGACAGAGGAAGGUACCUGCAAAGUUUUGUAUUGUCCAACUGAGCCUGGCACCUACAUAAUUUACAUCAAGUUUGCUGAACAGCAUGUACCAGGGAGUCCAUUCACGGUCAAGGUAACCGGUGAAGGCAGAGUAAGAGAGAGUAUCACUAGCCGGCGACGGGCUGCGUCUGAGGCAACGGUUGGAAGCAUCUGUGAUUUGAAUCUGAAGAUUCCUGAAAUUGAUGUCCACGACAUGUCUGCUCAAGUGACCAGUCCCUCUGGAAAGAUUAACGAAGCAGAGAUCACGGAAAGUAGCAACCACAUCUACUGUGUCAGAUUUGUGCCACAAGAGAUGGGUGUGCACACGGUCAGUGUAAAAUAUCGAAAUCGGCAUGUCCCUGGCAGUCCUUUCCAAUUCACGGUGGGACCACUUGGUGAAGGAGGAGCUCGAAAAGUGCGAGCCGGUGGCCCAGGGCUUGAACGAGGCGUAGUAGGAGUCCCAGCUGAAUUCAGUAUCUGGACACGAGAAGCUGGCGCAGGUGGACUGUCCAUCGCUGUGGAAGGACCCAGCAGAGCAGAGAUAUCCUUUGAAGACAGAAAGGAUGGAUCUUGUGGUGUGUCAUACAUUACACAGGAGUCUGGUGACUAUGAAGUGUCCAUCAAGUUCAACGAUGAGUACAUCCCUGACAGCCCCUUCAUUGUCCCCAUCACUGCUUCGUCAGAAGAUGCAAGCAGACUUACUGUUACUAGUCUUCAGGAGUCAGGUUUAAAAGUUAAUCAACCCGUGUCGUUUGCUGUGCGGCUGAAUGGUGCUAAGGGUUUAAUUGAUGCCAAAGUUCAUAGUCCAUCUGGGGCCGUGGAGGAUACACAUGUCUCGCAGAUAGAACCAGACAAGUAUGCUAUUCGAUUCCUCCCUCACGAGAAUGGUGUUCAUUCUAUUGAUGUCAAAUUCAAUGGGAAGCACAUCACAGGUAGUCCAUUCAAGGUUCGAGUUGGAGAACCCGGGCAGACAGGAGAUCCAGGUCUAGUUACAGCUUAUGGAUCAGGUCUUGAACGAGGAAGCACUGGUGUCCAGUCUGAAUUUAUUGUUAAAACUGCCAAUGCCAGCCCAGGCUCACUUACAGUCGCGAUUGAUGGCCCGUCAAAGGUGAAAAUGGAAUGCCAAGAAUGCCCUGAAGGAUAUAAGGUCCUAUAUACGCCAAUGGCACCAGGGGACUACCAAAUUGGAAUUAAAUAUGGUGGACCGUACCACAUUGUGGGUAGUCCUUUCAAGGCCAAAGUAACAGGUCCUCGGCUAGUAAGUGGUGGCAGCCCCCAUGAAAGCUCCUCCAUUAUAUUAGAAUCUGUGACGAAAUCAACAACCGUCAGUUCCUACAGCUGUCUUGCCAAGUUUUCCUCUGACAGCAGCAAGGUGGUCUCCAGUGGGUCGGGUCUCAGCACUGCCACUGUCAGCCAGAAGAGCUGCUUUUCAGUGGAUUGCAGCAGAGCAGGCUCAAAUAUACUUCUGGUUGGUGUGCAUGGGUGUACUAUUCCAUGUGAAGAGGUUUCCGUGAAGCACAUUGGAAAUGAGCAAUAUAAUGUUGCCUAUGUAGUGAAGGAGAAGGGGAACUAUACACUGGUUGUGAAAUGGGGCGAUGAGCAUAUUCCAGGAAGCCCAUUCCAUGUCACAGUUCCUUAGGCGAGCUCUCCAACUUGGUUCCUUCAAAUGAGAUGUUUCAAUUCAGUACAAGCUUUCAGAGAACAUUUACAACUGCAUGACAACUUCAGCUGCAAAAUGGACAUCUUUUUCAAAUGCUGUUGAACCAGCAGUGUCAAAGAAUGGAUUGGGUGAUGGCUCGAAUGUCAUAGUUAUAUGUAGAAACUGAAGAUUGUAUGAAUUAUAUAUAAAGAACUUAAACAGACGAUUGUAAAACUGGAUUAUUAUAACGGGAUUUUUGCCUUCAGUAGCUUGGCUGAAGUCAUAGUUGCUUGGGCUUUAGGUGGACUUAAGCACUAUCAUAAAAUAAGAAACUCCCAUUCUGAAUGGCUUAUUUCUUGUAGAGGAUAGAUUCUAAUACAUUCACUCAAUAUAACAACACUGGAACCAGAUGUGCUACUGGUCCAAUGGCUUGGUGGGUGGCGGUGUAGGAGAAACUUUUCUGGUCACGGGGAGGGAGGCAUUCUUUUUGUUUGAAAAGGAAUAUGCAAACUGCUUAAAAGAUUCUUACAAUUGCAUUGUCUACCCAGUGGAGACGAGCUCUGGCCUCUUAAGUUUGUGCAUAUGUGUCCAUAUAUAAAUUCAGAGCUUAAAUAAUUUACUGGUGGGGAAAUACUUGCUGCUGUGUUCAUUCCAACCCAUGUUCUGUCCGCUGCUUGUUUUAUGCAUACUUUGUAAUUUAAGUGGAGGACAGAGUGGAAUAAGACUGCAGAGAAGACAAUAGUUUAGAGCACAUUGCAUCUGGCCCUACCUCUGUUAAAGCCAGUGCUGCUUUGAUGAUGGAUAAAUUGAGGAUAACAAGCAAACCUUCCCUAAUUUUUGCAGUUUUUCUGUGUCUCGCUGAUCAGAGUGUUUCCAUUUUAAAUCUGUUUGGAUUUGUUAUUUCAGUGAAAAUUAACUUUGUGCUUAAGGUUCAAUGUUGUUUACCUAAUUCUCGUGCAUAUUUGAGUAAAACCGGAUAGUUAAUUGUACAAUUGAACAUUUUUGUAUUAUCUAAGAUUAGAAGCUACUAAAUUGCACAACUGUCUUUUAAAACUGUACUUAGAAUCUAUUUAUACUCUGGCCAUAAUGAAUAUUGUUUUUUUCCCUGUUGGAGCUGUCUUUGUAAUUGAAUAUUGUAUCUCUGAGUAGGGAUGGUUGUCACUCUUGCAGUGCUUUGUGCCUUAAUGUGAAAAGCUUAAUGUAACUAGCAACUGACAAACUUCAAUAAAGGUGUAAUUUCCAA